AUGUCGUCUCUUCGUCGUGGUGAGGGCUCAAUAAUUGUGCCCCAUGUUCGCUCUCAAGCGAUCGAUGGAGUUGUUACUGAGUCUAGCAAGGGUAGGCUGCCUGAGAACUUGAGCCUUGGUAGUUCUGACGAUUCCAUCCUUGAAGCUAUUAUGCAGGACUCGAAGGGUCCUUUUUCUGCUGGGGUUGAUCGUCAUCAUCUAGAUAUCUCUUUUGAAGUAGCUUCGCAGUUGGAUGUGAUGUCUGCUCAAUAUCGUGCCGCUAAGAAUCUAUUCUUUGACCCAGAUUGCCUUCGCUCCAUCCAGAGAUUUAGUGAAAUCCGCGUGUGUAGUAUCCAAGAGAUGGAGGCUUUCAUUGACACCUAUGCUGAUUUCCUUCCCCGUCUCUCCGCGUUCUCAAUAGAUGUUGGUUGUACCCUGUUCAAGUUCUAUAGGACUAAGUGUACUCACUUGAGUGCUCUGUUGGAGCGUGCUCGUCAAGAAUAUUCCCUUGUUAGCACACAAAAACCUUCGUCUAUUGAUGCUGCUUCUGCUUCUAAGAUAUCUUCGUUGGAGGAUGACCUGAGGAAGACUCAGAGAUCCUUGGAAGCUUGUAUGUUGGCUCUUGAGAGAGAUAACAAUGCUGUCAAAGUUGUUGAGGAUGGACGUAAGGCCGUUGAUUAUGCCUUAGUUGUUGAGUCAUCUAAAACCAUAGAUUUCGAAGAUGCUUGUGCUUCAUUAGCCAAAUUUACUGCGGAGCGUAAUGUUUUAUCUUCCGAGGUAUGUUCUCUUAAGAUCAGACUUGUUGAGGCAGGCUCCGCAUCGUCUUCCAUGUCCCAUGCGUCCUUGGUUAAGAAGUUGGAAGAGUUAGAGAAUGUUUACCAAGUUCUAUCCUCUGAGAAUACUUCACUCCGGAUAGAUGUGGAUGACCUUCGAAAUGAACGUGAUACCCUUGUGAAAGAUCUUGAAGCAGCUGAGGUGGACCUUGCAGAGGCACAACAUAGUUUAGAGGAAUCCCUUAACCAUGCAGGAGGUCUCCAGGAACAGCUAGUGGGUGAAAAUGCCAAGAUUAACCGUCUUGAGGGUCAAAUAUCUUCGUUGGAGAUAUCCCGCCAAUUUUACGUUGCUGCUAAGUUCAAGGCUGAGGCGCUCCAGCAAGCUAAUGAUCAGCUUAGCACUCGGGUGAGUGAACUUAAUCAAAAAUUGGCCUCUGAUUUGGCAACUAAGGCCUCCCAAAUGAAGGUUCAGUUCGAGAAGUCUAUUAUUGAUUAUAUCAAUGAUUCCUUUACGGAAGCUGAACGCCGGGCUGAAGGAGUUGUAUUUCCUCGUCUUCCUUACCCGUGA